AUGACAACGAAACGUAAUAAAAGCUUCCCUAUGCUUGAUCGUGUUGCACCUGCGCCUUCAAGUUAUCGUAGUGAUCCAAAAGUAUCUAAUGACGCCGAAGCCCUACGUGCGAAUUUCGAUAAUCGAUUAACCAAAGAUGAUAUAGCUAGUAUAUUCUCUGGUUAUCAUAAUACGAAUGAUUCAACAAAGUUAGCUACAUCAGCACGACCUACUGUUGAACUCUUACGUGCUAAUUCGCCUACACUUAAGCGUUUAAUAGCUGCACGGGCAAAACUUGAUAAAUAUGUUAGCUCAAAAUUAAAUACUGAUUUCACUAAUCGAGAAUCAAUAGACGGACUAUAUGAAACAAGUUUUGUGUCAAAUCAUGAAAAAUCAGCAACCGCAAAUAUUCGUAUUUCAUCAUCAGCACAUAAACGAAUUAAAUCACAAAAAACUUUCAGUAGUUUACCACUUGAUAAAGUAACUUAUGAAAGAUCUGCGCAUACUGGUAAUGUUAGACAAAAAUGUUCAUUAGAAAUUUGGUUGCCUAAAGCUGGUGCUGAUGAUGAUGAUAAUAAUGAUGAUGAGCAUAUAAAUCGAGUAACAGCAACGACAACAACGCCCCCACUACCAUUACCCAUACUACCAGUACCCACACUACCAUUACCACCAGAACCAACAUCUGAUUCGAAAACAACAGAAAAAAGACCUCAAUCGCCUCAGUCGUCAUCUAUCAAAAGUCUUCGAUCGAGCAUCAUAAAAACAGCAGCAUCAACAAUAACUAUUACUACUGCAUCAACUGAUGAAACACUUUCGAAAAAACCUGAACCUGCUGUUAUACCUCGUGUUUAUCAUUAUGAAGAUUAUCUACAAUAUCCAACGGAAGAACGACCACGUUCAAGUAAAAGUAGUAAUACAAGUAAAUCGGACUUUAAGACAUCAAACAAAACUAUUAAACGUCAUCGUACACGUCAAGAAGCUCGUCGUCUAUCAUCUUCAACAAAUCGUACUGAUGAUACUUUGCCAUCAGGCACAUCAGAAAAGCCGAUGUCAUCAAAAAAUUUAAUUGCAAAUAUCAAACAAACAUCUACAGGUUAUGAACCAAAAGGUACAUUAGGAUCUGGUAAUACUUUAAUGAUUCAUGAAUUGAUGCAAAAAUAUUCCAUGAUUAAACGGACUCAUCAAGAAUUAGUACAAGCAAAACUACAACUUGAAAAACCACGUCAAGAUUCUAAAAUUACUGCACAAGCAUUAAAAGACAAUUCGCUUGGAUCACCUUUUACAUCAGAUACAGCAUCUUUUACUUCUUCUGAUCAUCUGUCACUUUCGGUGAAAAAAAUUGUGAGCGAAAAUUCGCCACCUCGAUCAGCUGGUACUUAUAAUAGUACAAAUACACGAUUACUUGAGCGUCGUUCAGCAUAUCGUCAACCAGCACAUUCCGACAUAUUGCCUCAAACACGUUUAAUCUCUAUUGUCAAAAAUUUUCACACACGUCAAACAUCAGCCAAUACAUCCACAACUCACUUACCAGCAGUUAUCGGAAAGAAGAAUGAUGAUUCAAUUCAUUAUUUAGAACGUAGUAAAACACUUCAUGUUAUGUUCGAUAUUCCUAUUGAUCAUUCAAAUAAUAUUUCAUCACCUGUACCUGUUCCACCAGAUAGUCCUGACAAUAUUUCCGAUUCAUCUAAUUUAUUACCACGUAAAACUAAUGGUGUUGAACCCGUAUCUACACGUAGUCCUAAACGAUCUAUACCAUCUGCAUCCACGACUCUUCGUCCGCAACAGCAACAACAAAAGCAGCAAAGUACUCAACCACUUGUUCAUUUAGUUCAGUAUCAAAAUAUUCAAAAUUCCGCACAACGCUAUCAUCAUUCUGCACAUGCACCAGCAACUACAAGUGUUUCCGCAAAUAAAGCGCUCGUCCAUUUGAAAUAUAGUAAUAGUGGAAUUACAGAUCGAAAUUAUCUUCUGCCUGAAUAG